CCCAUAUGGCAUGAUUGGCCGGGUGUGUAUACGUAACUCUUCAGUGUUAGAGCUAGUGACAUGGCAGGAAAACAGCGACUAAGUGUAAUCAAACAACACAUCAGGGCCAACACAAAUGCACCAGCCCGGACAGACGAGAUACAGGUCAGCUGUUCCAAUUGCAGUUCAACAGAUGAUGGCAAAGUAUCGUUCCAGUCGGAGGCACCGACCAUCCCAAAACGCCGCCAAGAGCUGCUGAAAUGGAAUGGUUGGGGAUACAAAGAUUCCAAGUUCAACCUAAACAAGGAUGGCCAAGUAGAGUUUGGUGGAGAAAGGUACCGCCUUAGUGGGCAAACAAUGCCACAACUGCGAGAAUGGAUGACAGCUACAGUUGGCAUCAGCCUGGACCACAAAACACCUGCUCAGCCUGAACUCACCGCAAAAGACAUUCCUGCACCAGUGAAGAAUGAAGAGUUUAUAUCAGAACUUCGGAAGAAAGCGAUACCCUUCACAGACGACUGUCAGGACCGACUGUUCAGAGCUCAUGGUCAUACCUUGCAUGAAGUGUUCGUACUCAGGGAGGGGAUAUUUAAACGCAUUCCAGACCUAGUAGUGUGGCCGAAUUCCCACAAUGACUGCGUAAAAAUCGUGAACUUAGCCUGUCAACAUAAUGUUGUGUUGAUCCCGUUUGGUGGAGGAACCACUGUGUCCGGAGCUGUAGAAUGUCCCGAGGGCGAGACGAGGAUGAUCGUAUCACUGGAUACGUCACAAAUGAACAAGAUCCUGUGGGUAGACGAGAAGAACAUGAUAGCCAAAUGUGAGGCAGGUAUCAUUGGCCAGGACCUGGAGCGCAGGCUAGCGGAAAAAGGGUUCUGUACAGGUCACGAACCAGACUCCAUGGAGUUCAGUUCCCUGGGGGGCUGGGUAGCCACGCGAGCCUCAGGCAUGAAGAAAAACAUUUAUGGCAACAUAGAAGACUUAGUUGUGCAUAUUAAGUUUGUGACUCCUAAAGGUGUCAUGGAGAAAAGCUGUCAAGUGCCACGCAUAUCAUCAGGGCUAGACAUCCACCACUUCAUGAUGGGGUCAGAAGGUACCCUUGGUGUGGUGACUGAGGUGGCCAUCAAAGUGAGACCUCUGCCCGAAUGUAAGAAAUACGGGUCAAUCGUGUUCCCAGAGUUUGAGAAUGGAGUGGCUUGUCUGAGGGAGGUGGCUAAACAGAGAUGUGCCCCAGCCUCCAUCAGACUGAUGGACAACCAACAGUUCCAGUUUGGUUCUGCCCUGAAGCCUGAGAGUGGAUCGAUCCUGACAAGCUUUGUUGAUGGAAUCAAGAAAUUCUACAUUACCAAGCUGAAAGGAUUUGAUCCAAAAAAGCUUAGUGUGGCGACACUUUUGUUUGAAGGGACCCAACAGGAGGUAGCUGCACAGGAAAAGAGAGUGUAUGAAAUUGCAUCAAAGUUUGGAGGUCUAGCAGCAGGGGCAGACAAUGGAGAGCGUGGCUAUAUGUUGACAUUUGUUAUAGCAUAUCUUAGGGAUCUAGGAUUUGAGUACUACAUUGUAGCAGAGUCGUUUGAGACAUCUGUACCAUGGGACAGGUGUCUGGAUCUUUGUAACAAUGUAAAGGAUCGACUAGACCGGGAGUGUAAAAAGCGAGCAAUCCAAUUUCCUCCCUAUAUCACCUGUCGGGUCACACAGACAUAUGAUGCUGGCGCCUGUGUCUAUUUCUACUUUGGUUUUAACUACCGAGGACUUUCUAACCCCGUACAGAUUUAUGAAGACAUUGAGAAUUGUGCUAGAGAGGAGAUCCUUGCCAAUGGUGGAAGUAUAUCCCAUCACCAUGGAGUGGGUAAGCUGAGAAAGCGCUACUUGAAGCAGACAGUUGGGGACAUCGGCCUUGGGACAAUGCGAGCUAUCAAGAACUUCAUUGAUCCUGACAAUAUCUUCGGGAAUGACAACCUAAUGAUUGGAGAGCCUAAGUUAUAGAACAAAUAGUUUAAUGGCAACACACCGGGACUGCAUUUUCUCAGAAGAUCCAGUAAAAAGUAUUAUAACUUGAACAUUUUGUCAUCUGAUUGAAUACCCGAUACCUGUUAUCUUAUAAAUACGACGAAUCAGGAUACAGUGAUUAUAUUUAAUUUCAUUUCAGUUUACAAGUGAAAUAUGCUGUUUUAUAAUAGAAAUAAAGUCAAUAUUUUUCUAGCUGGAACAAUUACACUUUAUUUACACAGUAAAAUGACUAAUUAUAAUCAGAUUCAGUGUAUUUACUGUUGAAAAUAACAAGAACAAAUAAUUGUGAUUGGGUUGUGACUUCAUAAUUAAAUGGAUGUGACAAAACCUUGUUUUGAUAUGCCAUUAAAAUGAAGUCUGUUAAUUCAGUAUCUGUUUCCUUAAUGAAUGGUGUGAAAAUAAUGUUAUUUUGUUUUUAUGAAUACCAAUUAUAAUUUAGUAUGUUGGAUAAAGAAAAAUAUAUCACUAGAACUUUUGAAUCAUGAAAUUAUUUCACCCAGCUUGAUGAAAUAAAACUGGUAUGCAUAAAUAAAUAAUUCAUUAUAUGUAUACAUGUAUGUCUGACUGAUUUUUCAAAGCUACUCAUUUAUAGUAAAGAUGGUUUUUCAGAACUACUAAACUAUUAAAGAUUUUUUUGUUAAAUGUAUAUUUUCCUAUAAAAGAAAUACUGCAUAUAAACUCUGGCUUAUGGUAUGUUUUGAUAUGUAUUAUGAAGCGUGUUGCUGAGACUGGUAGCUCUAUUCUGGGCUUCAUGGUUUGAAUAAAUGGAUCUAUAAAGAAUGAAAAUCCUACCUAUCUUGAAGCCAAGAAAUGAUGGUUUCAAAAGUUUUUUGUUUAAUCUCCUUCUAAUGGCACUUUUUGUUUAUAUCUAUAGGCGGUUUACUAUAGACCAAAAUGUUUUUAAGCAGUUACCCAGUGGUCAAUUAGAUUUUUCUGUUUAUUUCAAGAUCGAGUAUAUGAGUACAUAUGAUCAAACUCUUUGAAUGACUAAUUCAUUUACCAAUGCUGGCUAUACUGGUUAGAAUAUUGCACACUCAUUCGUAAAAGCAAAAAAAACAACCGAUUUUGUGGAACAUGAAGGAAGCAAAUGACACAUCAUUCUUUAAAUGGUGGGUGUUGCACUGAAAAACAUGGUGCUACAUAUGCAUGUAUCCAUUGAUUGGAGAUAUUGCAAAUAAAUUAGCUCUUGAAUUAGCAGCAACAUCAAUUUUUUAAGUUUGUUAGGAUAUGGUUACGUAGUUCAGAAAUAAAUCGAAUUUACUAUACAUGACACAAAACCAAAAUUUAAGUUUUAAAGCAUAUUUAAGUGUCUCAGUUUAUCAUGACAGUUGAUUGGUCGCUUUCUUUGAGAAACAAGAUUUAUAAUCAUAGAACUAUUAUUAGUCAUAGAGGCUGUCAAUGAAAUCCAGAUCUAUGCAUGGUGUACUGUUAUACAAUUCACAUUAAAUGAAUAAAGGAAAUGUGUUUGAUUUAAUGGUCCCUUAAAAGCCAGAGUUCAUCAUUUGCUGUAAGCUUAAGUCUGAAUUACUGAUUAUAUACUUAACAAGGACCCCCUCUGAACUAGCAAUACACGUUUUUGUGCAAUUUUGUUUUGUAUCCAUCUGAUCAUGACGGUAUUCAACAAUCUUGUUGGAACAACAGAUUUGCAUUCAUCAAUUGAAACCCUGUGAUUCAGGAUGCCACAUGAUAAGAUGAUGUAAUAUGGGUAUGCUGUGAAAUGAAAGCAUUAUACAUCUAGAUAAUAAUCCGAAGUAAGGUUUGUAAAGAACAUAUUUUUAUGACUACUAAAAUAACAUCUAGAUAAGGAGAAACUCUAUAUAGUAUGUUUAAAACCCACACUCUGGAAGCUUUGUUUGCUAAUCUGUAAGGAUUAAUUAUGUGAAAAAAAUACUCUCAUGGUGGUUAUUUGUUCACGGUUGACAUGGACGGAUGUAGUUAAUAACUCAACUAAUAUUCUGCAUUAUUUUUUACCAGUAUAUUUUAAUUAAUUGUGUAGCUUACAUUAUCCAGAUUUUUGUUGUGCUGCCAUGCAGUGUUGAUGGAACAUUCCUAGCACAAUUUAUUGAUAUAAAUCGCAUAAUAUAUUCAACUUCUAGUACAUGUAUGUUAUGAGUUUCCAAUACCUGUUCAAUCCAAUCGAUUCAUCAUCCUGUCCUGUUUUGCUCGGAACAGAGGUAUUUUGAUUAACAUGUCUUCUUGACUGAUGCAUGUUAAAGGCAUAUAUUUAUAUAUAUAUAUAUCGGUUUCCAUUUUUAUCACAUUGAUAAAAGGUUUUCUUUUUAAUGGGUAGUUGGCAAGUUUAAACAGUUUUUGAGAAAUGGAAAGAAUUCCAAUUCAUUCUUUAUCACAAAUUGUUAUAAAUGUUAUCCCAAUAGGAAAUGUCAUACUGGUAAAUCAAUUAAAUGCCAAUCCAGAUAACUCCUGAAAUCUUUGAUAUGAGUUAAAGUGGUUGAAUGUGCUCACAAUUCGUGCCAAUCUUGGUAAGAUUACCAUGAUAGGUGUGACUUCACUGUCGUUGUGUGAAAGGACGCUAAGUGAAGACUCUCUUGUGGUAAAGUGUAUGACAAGAUGCAAAAAUGAUAUUUACACUCUUUGCUUGACAAAGGAAACAGACGUUUUCGAAAACUCCCAGAAUAAGUUUUCAAUUACUGUUUGUGUUCAAAAUAGACUGAGCAUUUAUUGUAUGAUAAGAUGGAAUGUGAAGCCGCUGUCGUAGUACAAUGUAUGGUUAGACACUUAAUGCAUGAAGUCUUCAAUCCCAGUAAUGAUUGUGUGAUAGGUAAGUGGUGUUACUGUUACUGUGUCUGAUGAGACAGUAGUCGUUGUCCUGUUGUGUCCGAGUAUGUGUAAAGAUAGUGUCGUUUAUGGUGAAUUGUGCCUUCCAAUUUAGUCAGUUUUUUAAAGUCAGAACGUAAAUAUAUUCUGUGAUCAAGAUGCUAUCUUAUAUAGUUCCUCUCUAUUGUUUAUAAUUUAUUAAAGUUCUAAUAGUUUUGUGAUGUUUGACACUCAAAAAUCUUUGUGAUAUUUUUUUGGCCAAUUUUUGAGAAUAGCUUUGUUGCAAUAGCGUUUCUUUUUGAUGUAUUUCUUCACCUUUGGUUGGGUGAGAGUCAAAUACAUCUGACUAUAUGGAUGUUGUUAUGAUUUGCAAUUUUUUUUUUUUUUUUUACAAAAUAUACCAUGCUUUUCCCUUUAUUUUUGCAUUUUUCUAUCUUAUCGACAUAAGGUAACAUUUCCUAGUGUGAAACCUAGAUGUAUCAAGGAACAUGUGAGGGUUAAAGGUCAUGACAAUGGCUGCUAUGGAAGCAUCAACUAACCUCAUCAGCCAAUAGGAAGAGCUCUGAUUAUCUAAGAAUGAUAAUUAAAUAUAAUGUAACGUUACAGUUUUCCUUAAUCUAGAAGAUUUGAUUGUUUGAAGAUUUAACCGUCAGAGGUGUGUGGCCUAAACAAUCAAUGUACCAGCAACUGGCAAAUAUAACAAACAUGUUUUUUUCUUAUAUAACAGGUACUUCACUGACUGUGACACAAAAACUAGAUCCUAUAUAUCGUUAUAUGAUAAUGUAUGUUAUUGCUUUUUAUUUCACUGGGAGUUUUAGUGGUCAUAUACAUGUAUCACACUUUUUUUGUCUUACUAUGGAUAUUUAAAUAACACAUAAAUAAAUUGUAUUUCGUUUUAGCGUAACAAUUGAGUUAAUUGUAUGUUUCAAUAUGUAAUCAGAUCACAAGAUUUAAGCUGUAUGUUUAAAAUCCUUAGAAAUAAAAAUAGUUAAGUUUGUUUGUAAUAGUCAGAUGAUAAUUCUAUCCCUAAUGUUCUUAAAGAUAUAUAUUCCAAUGUGAUAGUUUCAAGUUAUGUUAAGCUAAUCGUGUUAGGCUGUCUUAGUGUCGUAUACAAAAUAUACCAUGGUAACUAAUUCACUUCAUAUAUUGGACUGUACGAUUUACAUAACACUUUCAAUAUACAACGUAACUACGAUGUUUUAUAAUGAACAAUGUUUGAUAGGCUUAAUCACGUUUGUUAAUAUUAAGUACCUAGACAAUUUCCACUAAGAUUUCGUACAUAUCCAGACUGAUCGAGGCUUUACAGUACCAGCAAUACAAAUUUACUGGUAGAGUACCUGAAUACUGUGCUGCAGGAAUUAUAUAUACCAUAUUAAGAGAAUCAACUCCAACAACAAAGUGCCACAAAAAUCUCCAGUUAGUGUCAAAUAGUGUUUAAUUACAACACCAAAACCAACACAUGAACCCUACUUGUAUCCUCUGGUGUUACAUGCAUUAGGACAGUAUACAGUUUGUAUGCUAUAUUAGAAAAUGCUAACUACUAUUGGUGGUAUUAUGAAGUGCGGGUAUGUCUUUAGAAUUAAGUAAGACGUAAACAUUCCAUUAAUGUCGCUAUUGUUGGGCUUCCUUACUUGUUACCAAUCAACUCAUGGUUAAAUGAUGCUAUAGGCUAGCAAAAUAUACAGUGAACUGAUAUGUUUACGACUUUUUGGAAGUUUUCAGUAAUCCGUACCGUCGCUUACCGUUAGUAACCUGGUACUUUUGUAAUUGUGUAAAAGAAAAUUGUUCUAUUUUUUAUCGAAAUCCGUGUUUCAACACAACGGAAUAAUUUCAUUUUUGCACCCAUUUCUUCUUUCUUAGUCUGUUGUUUGUUAGUAAUGCUCCUUAAUUCUAUAUAACAGUAUCGAAUAAUCAUUUAAUUUAUUUUACAUGCAUGAAUAUUCACUCAAAGUUUUACUGAUUGCAAGAAGUACAAGACAACAUAUAUUAGCAAGUUAAUGGUAUCAUUAACAUAUCCUUUUAUUUAGGUAUUGUAGGGGUAGGGUAUUGUAGGCGUAGGUAUUGUAGGGGAUAGGCUUUGGGAAUUUACGGUAUACCAGUAUAUACCGAAUUAACGGUACACUUUGCAGAAAUCCGUAUAGUUCCACAAUCUUUGUUAUUCCUUGUCUUUAAAUUUAAAAAGAGAGUAAAUAUUUCAAGUCAAUAGGUCUGAAACUAAAUUAAUAUCUGCUAAAGAUAAAACAACAAAAAUUACAACCAAUCGGUAGUUACUGUUAAAAAUCUUGAAUUAUCACUUUUGGUGUUGUAGAUUUUUUAGGUUUUGGGGAAUUUAAAUUAGAUUACGAAUGAUGAUAAGUUAACCGAGAGCUAAUCCAUGACGGAACAUCAUGCUCACUGUUCGAGUUGACAUGUCGAUUCCUGGCAGGACGAGCUAGUUGAGUUUGACGAGAGAACUUCUCUAUUAUUCUUUUCUAUAACUGUCAUGCCAAUCCCAUUACAAUGAUUGCCGAUUGUUUUACCUCUGCUUAUCUUGAAUUAACUUUUUAUUUAAAAUGUAAAUAUAAAGAAAUGAUAGAACUUUUAAUCAUGUUAAUACUUCUUUGUAGAUAUACAAAAGAUCUAUGUGUCGGUACUUAGUCAGCGUAUUCGGAAUAUGAAUACCUUUGGGCAUCAAGACAACUACUGAAUAAUUUAACAGAUUUACUCACUUGCGUAUUUAUUACCUUUAUACCAGAUUCAUGUUUCGGCACAUUAUUUCUUUAUAUAGUUAACAUGAUCUGUACAUGAUUUGUAUUAAAAUGAUUUAUUGAUAAUAAAUUGACAGACUGAA